CAUGUGCUUUUGAACUGUGAGGUGGAGUGGAGUGACAGACUGGUGUGCAUUUGGGGAGAGUUUGAUAAAAUAUUGAAGUGGAUCGUAGAAUAUAGCAAGAAGGAUGUACUGCACCAGGCACUGUAUUCGGGCGGCGUUGAGAACAGUAGUACAAAGGCAACGGUCAAACCUCCAGACGCCAGCAGCAUUAUGCGCCAUCAGAACGAUGAAGACGAGUUUAUUUUGUCCAUCAGACGCAAUCGCCUCCCCUCCCCUGGACGGUUCACCCAAACAGUACUCUCCCAAAAUCCAACAGCUUGUCAAUGACAUCGCCUGUCUCACCUUACUUGAAGUUUCAGACCUGAACGAAUUGCUCAAGAAAACUUUAAAUAUCCAAGAUGUCGGAAUGAUGCCCAUGGGCGCGAUGGCAGCAUCAGCGGCACCAGCGGCAGCGGCAGCAGAAGAGGAGGUAGCAGCCCCAGCCAAGAAAGAGAAAACGCAUUUCACCGUAAAACUGACGGCACUCAACGCAGCUGACAAAGUCAAACUGAUCAAAGAGGUUAAGAACAGCAUGCAAGGCUUGAAUCUUGUGCAGGCCAAGAAGCUGGUGGAGGCCUUGCCACAGGAGAUCCGUGCCAACGUGUCCAAAGACGAGGCUGAGAAACUGAAGGCUGCCCUGGAGGCCGCCGGUGGCACAGUGGAGCUGGAGUAGCUCCCCUAUGUCCUCCCUCCAUCCGUCUCGCUCUCUUACGCAUUCUCUUUUUUUAUAUAACAGUCAAAGGAAUUUAUGAAGACAAAUUGCCUUUAAACGUUGCCACUUGGCCCACAAGUGUGACUGAAUGAAAGAGGUGGUAAAAAAAAAAACUCACAGACUUGGACUGUCAUGGGUCACGAGCCCGGAAACACACGUUGUACUCACCACCUGCUUGUCUGUGUCACAUACAGCCAUCGAGGGACAAUACUGUGACGGCCCUGUGUAGAGUCUGUCUUUCCGCGUGUGUAUGUAUGUAUGUAUGUCUGUCUGUGUGGCUGUGUGUCUGUAUGUCCAUCUGCAAGGGAACAGGGCAUGCCCCUUCAUCAUGGGGACACGGUUGACAAUGUUGCCUGAGCUGUAAUAAAUAUGGUCAAGUAUUGUA